UAGUAUCAAAACCUACAUCGAACAGUUUGUACGCAAAUAACAGUGCGUUACCGCAUAUGCGGUGGUUACGCACGUAAUAUCCUUUUACCUUUUUUCCUUCUGUCUUUAUCUCUGUUUUGUGAUAUAAUCAAAAACAAAAACAAAGUGCGAUACUGAACUAUAAAGCCAUCCAAAAAUGGAUCCGGCGGUUUUCCCAGAGGAAAUAUGGAUUAAAAUUCUUCUUUACUGCGACGUACCUGACAUUAUCGCUUUUGGCAGUACGUGUAAAUAUCUGCGUAAAACGUCCGACACCGAUUACCUGUGGAAAAUAAAAUGGCUCCAAUUGAUAUCAAAGGUGAAAUUUCGCUUCCCGGACAUAAAAUGUCUACAGCUCUUGAGUGUAAGUUUUAAGGCGAUGUGUUAUCGUCUCCAUAUGGUAAUUACGCUCGGAAAAAAUGUGCCGUUCCCAAGAUGUUAUCACUGCAGCGGUUAUACAUGUCAGCGUAACUGUGUGGAAGGCUCGAACGCGAGGGUGGUUAUAGAGAUAGGAAACAAGUAUACAUGGGUGAUAACACCACAUUUUGGACUCCGAAGACAUUUCUCCCUUUUUGGGAUUCCAAAGUACAACUGGAAGACUCAUGCCGAACAAGUGCAGACUCAGAGUACAGCGAGCAGUAGUGGAAGAAGAAACAAAUCGGACCACAAAUCAAUAGCUCAGAGGCUAAGAUCAUUGAAAAUGACAGAACUAACGAGCGUAAGAAUUCCAAGACCGAGCGGACCAUUCUGUGUUUUCUGUAACCCAGUAAAGCUAUACAGAGAGAAAAAACGGUUGGCAAGCAAUCAGAACGAAACUGCUUCUUAUACUCGGCCAAAUCCGCUUUAUCAAAAACUUGUGAAUGGCUACUGCACCGACACUGUACAAGUAUUAGGAAUUCCCAACGUUGAUGUAGUGAGUCCAGCAGAGGCUCUUCUAAGCGAGGGCUCUUUCAAUGUAUUGAAAAUCUUUGUCGAUCAUCUCUUUCAUCAAAUGGAACUGACAACAACCCUCAGAAAGCCAAAUGCUGUUCUCAUGUUUUGCGAACCUUUGGCUAUGCAUCCCACCUUGAGAAAACAAUUGUUACACUACUUGUUUCAAGAAGUGAAGGUUGCAAGGGUCUGUCUCGUACCGAAACCUCUCGCUGCUUGCGCGAUGUUGGAUGUGGAGACGUGCAUCGUUGUAGACAGCGGUGCCCUCAGUACUACCGUCGCGGUUGUAAUUGGUGGACGGGUUAUGCCUCACCGUUGGAGAUUACUCCCGGUCGGUGGAUGGCACGUAGCUUAUCAUCUAAAGCAAGCGAUGCAUUGGCAACCCAAAGAGUAUCAUCAAAUACCAAUUUCUCAUCUUGACACUAUGGCGGUUAAAGAACGAUGUCGGUUGAGUUACAACAUCGAACACGAAGAACUCAGACGGGGCGCGCCCACAAAAAGAGAACACAUAAAUCUUCGAGUCGACAGUUACGCCGAUUACAAACAAUUUUGGAAAGUUUCUCUGGGCUCGGAACUUUAUGUUGCCCCUGAAAUGAUGUACAUCAGUCUGGGUCUUCCACAAAUAAUAAAGGACGUUACGAACGGUUUAUCCGAGGAUACGAUGCACGAUUGUCUCUCAAAUAUUUUAUUGACUGGUGGUAAUACCGAUCUCUCAGGAUUCGCUCUGAGACUGCACAAGGAUCUUGGAGAAUUGUUGCCGGAACAUAGCGCUAUACUUCAAGUUCGCAGCUGUCCUGGAACUCACAGCUGGAACGUUGCGAUGGGAUCGACUUACGUUUCUCUAGCUGUUCACCCUGACAAAACACCUCCAGAAUAUGUUGAAGGCAAUCCGUUCUGGCUCUCUCGAGAAGAGUACGUCCUCUUUGGAUGUGAGUCACUCUGCGAACAGUAGCGAGCCGGUAAGACCGACGAUAAAUCGGUCGAGAAUAAAAAAAAAGAAAUGAUAUCUCGAUGCCGAGCGGGAAAGAGCGAUUCGAAUUCGUUAAAACAAAAAAAGAAAAGAUUUUAACAAGAAGUUGAGAUUCUGUUUAUCGUAGUUACGUUAUUCGAGAGCUUUAGAGAUUCCUGAGAUAUUCCAAUGUUAUUUGUUACACGUUAAGAAAUCCGAUUAACCUGAUGCACCAAUUCGUUCAAUAAGCCCCUCCCCCCUAACCUUCCAAUUUUUUUGCUAUCGUCGAAAUGAUGUAAAUAGUUUGUCAGAUUUUACUUUGUAAAUAAAACGAGAGAGGGGAAAAAAUGAAAGAGAUUUAUACUAGUGUUGGAAAACGAAAGUAGCCAAAAGGAUAAAAAAUCGAGUAAUUUCAAGAGUGAAUUUCAUGAGAUUGAUUUAAGCGAUACCCAAUUUUCUAGUCAUAUGGAGCAAAUUUAGUGAAAUAUCGGAUAUAAAAAGAAAAAGCACGCAGAGAUAAUUAUUGGAAUUCAAGCUACGUGAUGCCCGGGGCUUCCACGAAAACAUGGCGAGGCUGUUUUUUGUCCUUUUUUUUAAGUCUGAAAAGAGAAAUUUACACGAAAUCUGUAAAUAAAGUACGCUUGUUACAAUGUACCCAUUAUUUAUUUGUUAGACACAUCGAGAUUAUCAAAUAGUGUAUAAUUACCCGAUAAGUAUAUAUACAUAAGGGCGUUGAGCGCGUAAAUGUGUAUGGAGAGAGAAUUCGUAUUAUUUCAUUUUAUUACACGAAUACGCGCCCAAGCGAAAGAAUUUCAGUGUACCUACGCAUGUUUUCGCUCGUUGCGAGGUUUUGUAAAUAUUCUGUGAAUAAAAUUGAUUUUUUCUUUUUUUUAUUAA